CUCCACAACUGUGUGUAAAUCUAUUGUGUGAUUAGGCAACGGAGCUUCGCUAUUGCUUCUUUAACUAGUCGGGCAACAAAACUCAUACUAAAGCUCCUUUCCUAAAUCAAUUUUGUAGCAACUACGUGUGUAGAGAUCAUCUGUGGUGGGCCGGCCAGCUCGGCGUCUCCUGUGGCAGCGGCGGUGGCAGCUCUGUGGCGGCCGCCGGAGGAUCAUCUGAUUCCAAUAAGGACCACAAGCAUCGUCGUGAUAUGGACGGCGGCGGCUGCGGCUGCGGCCUACAGGUGGACAGUUCCGACUGCCUCGCAGGCGGAAGCGCCGCCGACGACGAUAAGAACAACGAAAGCGGCGAUCCCCAUGAAGGUGUGAUCGUGGCGGCUAACCGCCGCCCACGUGGCCGCCCCGCGGGUUCCAAGAACAAGCCGAAGCCACCCAUUUACGUCGCCUGCGACAGCCCCAACGCGCUCCUGAGCCACCUGAUGGAGGUCGCCGAUGGCGCCGACGUGGCAGAGUCGCUUGCUCUGUUGGCCCGCCGGAAGCAGCGCGGCGUCUGUGUGCUCAUCGGCGCCGGAACGGUGGCCAACGUCAGUGUUCGACUGCCGUCGGAGCCCGGGGCAGUGGUGGCGCUCCACGGUCGUUUCGAGAUCCUCUCGCUCUCGGGGACCUUCCUCCCCGGGCCUUCCCAGCCAGGGACCACCGGACUGACGGUGUACCUCGCCGGCGGACAAGGACAGGUGGUCGGGGGCAGCGUGGUGGGGCCGCUUGUGGCGGCGGGGCCCGUGAUGGUGAUGGCAUCCACGUUCGCGAACGCCACCUACGAGAGACUGCCGCUGGAGGAGGGGGAGGAGGGUGGAAGCGGAGGGUUGAUGUUAGGGUCGGCUGGGUACAUCCCCGGCGAUGUGGCAGCUCAGUUGAUGCCGCUUGGGGCCGGCGCCGGCGUCGGAGAAUUGGCGGAUUCGACGGCGCUGCCGAUCUACAACUUGGGCGGAGGGCCAGCGACGCAGAUGGGCCACGAUGCCUUCGAGUGGGCCCACACCAGGCCGGCGCCGUAAUAGCUGACGUGAUCCCGACCCUCUUAUAACCUGUAAGAUCAUUGAAGGAUCUAUGGCAAGAUUCU